ACUUAAAAUUAGCCCUUCCUGGACUUCCUAGGUUGCCUAUUAAAGCCUGUAGACUGAUUGUCAUGCGAAGGGAGCGGGUCGCUUUUGCCGGGAAAAUCCAAAGGAUGUGACGUUUUGUCCGCUCCUGAGAGCCUUGCCUCAGUGUUUCCUUAUUUAACAGCGUCAACAGACAGUCUGCAACACUAGGUAACGUUAUCUUAGAGAUGGAAUCCAGUAAACAUCCGGCUCCCAGCACCACACCGACUCCUACACAAAAUCAGAGUAAGCCAAAAAAAAAAAACCAUUUAUCUACUGAAUCCAGUCUGGCUAAGCGGGAACGUGAUCGUGGUCGAGUGAAAACUAGAGUGAACAUCGGCAGGGCGUUUGAUUCCUGGAGGGACCUUCGUUCGGUUUUGGGGAUCAAAACCAACCCUGAAUUGGCAUUCUUCUUAUUGGACAGACAAAUCAGUCAGCAGACAACUUUUGGACAGCGAGCAGAUCGAAACCAUUUAUUUCUGGUGAGCUUAUCUAGCAGCUGAUUUGACCUGGUUUCCCAGCAACCACUGACAUAAAAACAGCCGCCUUGGCCUCCUGAUUUGCGGAGGGGCAUAGGUGAAGGAGUGCACCCUGACUGCCCUCUUUUUCUGGUACUUGCUGUAUUUUGCUAAGGGAGGGGGAGCAAGGUACCAUUAAAACCACCCAGAGCAUGGGGCAGAAGGUUCCGGGAGGCAUAAAGACUGUGGAUAUGCGGGACCCGGCGUUUCGGCCUCUUAAGCUAGAGCUGCAGGCCCUGGACUAUACCAAGCCCUCCCGCCUGGAUUUGCUGUUAGAUAUGCCACCAGCCAUGCAAGAUGUUCAAGUGCAGCACUCGUGGAACAAUGAUGACCGAUCACUCAACAUAUUUGUUAAAGAGGACAAUAAACUGAUAUUCCACCGGCACCCAGUAGCCCAGAGUACAGAUGCUAUCCGGGGCCGGGUGGGUUAUACACGGGGACUGCAUGUUUGGGAGAUCAGUUGGGCCAUGCGCCAGCGGGGCACCCAUGCCGUUGUUGGUGUGGCGACUGGAGAGGCCCCAUUGCAUUCUGUAGGAUACACUGCUCUUGUAGGAAACAAUAGUGAGUCUUGGGGCUGGGACCUGGGACGCAAUAAACUUUAUCAUGAUGGCAAGAACCAGCCUAGUAGGACCUAUCCAGCUUUUCUUGAGCCUGAUGAGACCUUUAUUGUCCCGGACUCAUUUCUGGUUGUCCUGGACAUGGAUGAGGGGACAUUAAGUUUUAUUGUCGAUGGACAAUAUUUAGGGGUUGCUUUCAGAGGACUCAGAGGAAGAAAGCUAUAUCCCGUUGUGAGCGCUGUGUGGGGACACUGUGAAAUCAGAAUUCGGUACAUCAAUGGACUUGACCCUGAACCUCUGCCGUUAAUGGACCUCUGUAGGCGCUCAGUGCGGGUCGCAUUGGGGAGAGAGCGACUGUGUGAAAUCCAUGGACUGCCCUUACCUGCCUCCCUUAAGAACUACUUGCUCUACCAAUGAUGAUAGUAGUGCUUUUAUAAACAGUUUAAGGCAUAGCUUUCGCCUCUGUCUCUCUCUGGGAUUACUCUUUCUGGCAAGCCUAUUUCAUUACAAUAUUGUUUUGGUGCUAUACUCAGUCAUUGGUUAUGGUACCAAAAAUAUUUUUUUACAAAUCAGACCAAGGACACCUCGCUAUCAAGUUUGAUGCUUUUACAAUCAAGUGGGAAAUCCUUGGUGCGAGUCUCUGUCUUGUUUCGCUAGACAUUAAACUGAAGGCUUCCAGAACCCUCUGGCAGGUAAUCGGCUGAAAACAAGAACCGUUGUCCACUCUGCACAUGGCUUAGUGAAACCUCAGCUGUUUUUCAAGGCCUUCUCCUUUUAUAAGUUGUUUUUUAUUCCGUCCUUGAAUCAGUUUUUUUAAUGAGAUGUUGGCAUACCUUAAGCAUUCUUGUAUCAUGUCAUUAAUUUGAGGGUUUAUAUAGUGACUCUGUGGGCAAUGCAAAAUACAUUAGCUUGUCAACACUUCAGGCUUAACACCCAGUAAAUUUGAAUGGGUCUGAUGAUCACAAGGUACCUGGAUAGUAUUAUCUAAUCCAUUUGUAUGUGAAGUUUUUCCAUUUAGGAGUCCUAAUCCUUCCUCGUGCAGUCAUUGUAAAAGAAGGUAGCUGAGUCAACUUUGGUGCAGGGGCUGCGGUCAGGUUUUAGCUGGUUAACUAAAAAGUUGACAGACAACAUGCUCUGUGGAAGGUGAUUGCUUCCCUGCUCACUCCUGGCAGGUUAAAAAUAGCCUGGUUUUAGCUGCAAGACUGACCGUCUGGCCUGGAAAAACAGUCUUUGACUUCUGUGUCUGAGGGGGUGUUGAGAGAGUCGCAUUCGUGGAAACAACCAAAGCUAGUUUGUAAUGCUAGCUUUUUUUUUAUCACUCAUUAGUCAACAAGUCCCUCUCCUCUGUUCACACUGUAAUGUCCGAAGUGCCUGGCUUAUGAUACUAGCAUAUGAAGAGAAGCCAUGAAUUGAAGUCCUUUUUUAUAUUAAAAUAAGAUUUAAUCACCGUGAGGCUAUGCAGCAUACAUUAAUAAAUAAGAGCUUGAUUAGCUUGAUCGCUGUAAUGGCCCCUAAAUCCUGUUAACACCUGCAUAACUUGUACAAGUUCCUCUGGUUUAACCUGUUUAAUUCAUAAAAGGUCUGUUUUUAAACCUCUUAAUGAUUUGUUGGGUAAAGCAAGGAUGGAAAAGUAACACUGAUGUGUGGUGCCUUGUCUGUGAGUUAAUCAUGUCCUCUGAGGUUUAGGCAAAAGUGAUGCAAGAAAUGUUUUUUUUUUUUUUUUCCCUCUUUGCUCUGCUCUUUAAGACUUGAUGGUAAGAUUGCCAAUUAUUGUCAUUUUGUUUAGUUUUUUCCAUGCUAGUCUUUUUAGAUGUAAAUUGUAGUUCAUUUUUGGCAUUCAUUUUGCUAAAUGUGAGGGGGAUAGUUUGGAUCCCUGUUUUUAAACCCUUUCUGCCUGCAGAUCACCAUUCUCUUUGUAUUCAGUGAUGUAGAUAAUUUUGGUUACUAUCUAAUAAAGUUUAUUAUAAUUGA